AUUCUGUUCGCCGUCCAUUCAAUUAUUAUAUAUAUAAAUAUUUUUUUUCAAUUUUUUCUUUUCUCCUUUUUACUCUGGGCCGGCGUCUCUCUCCGUCUGCGUUUGGAGUCUCUCCAUUCUCCAGCCUAGCAGUGAGUGGGAGAGGCGGAGGGGGAGAGCACGGCGGAAUCAGCUCGAUGCUGGGUGGAUUUACGGUGGUGAAUUGGUGUUUUUAGGGGUAGAUUUCAAUCGGAGUAAACGCGGUUGGAAUAUUCGGAGACUCGAGGUUUGUGGCAGAUUUCACGCAGCGGACUGGUUCCUUCUACAUUUGAGGCUUUCUGUAAGAGAUCUGAAUUUUCUCGCUUUGGCAAUUCAGCUAGAAAUCGCAUAUUUAGUAACCGACGUUCGGCAGCAGUACCGCCGGGAGUUUCAUCUCCGUUAAUUUUUAGUUUUCGGGAUAUAUUAUCGGGUUUGACUUCGAUUUUCUCCUGAAAAUAUUAGAGUGGGUGUUUCCCCAUUUUUUUAUGGUAAAUUUCUGUUGUUAGAUACAUUUAUUGGUGGCGUUGUGAGGGUUGAGGAUGGAGAUUCUAUGUAUGGACGCGUGUAUAGUGUUUUAAUUUCGCGUGACGCUGAGAUUCAGAAGUUCGUAUACAUCUUUGGCCUUUUCUCCGGUCGGUUCUCAUCAUUUUUUUCGGCCACUUUGCUGAGUUUGGGAUAUAUAUGACUUCAACACAGAUCAGCCUGCAUUCAAUGCUUUGAUUUUCCAAGUUUUUAAAUCUUCUGGGAUAUUCACCAGCGGCAAUUCGAGCUAUAUAUAUAUAUCGAAAGGGCUUAUUUGGUUUAGUCAAGAUGAUGCGAAUGAAGACUAAACCUGAUUCAUUAGGGCCGCAAACUAACGGCGGCGGCGGCGGUGGCGGUACAGGGGAAGGCCGCCGUGAGAAAGAAUGGGAGCUUAGGCCUGGUGGAAUGCUGGUUCAGAAGCGCAGCGACGGCGACCAAGCCCGUGCGCCUCCACCCAUGAUUCGCGUGCGAGUUAAGUACAACUCUCUGUGCCACGAAACACACGUCUCUUCGCAGGCCACAUUUGGGGAGUUGAAGAAAAUAUUAUCUGGUCCAACAGGAUUGCAUCACCUCGAUCAGAAAAUAUUUUACAAGGGAAAAGAGAAGGAUUCCAAUGCAUAUCUCGACACCUCCGGCGUGAAGGACAAAUCUAAGCUCGUGCUCGAGGAGGAUUUAAUCAGCCGCGAGAAACGGUACCUAGAAAUGAGGAAGAAUGCCAAAACUGAGAAGGCUGAGAAAACCAUAUCACAAGUCACCUUAGAGGUGGAUAAGCUGGCUAAGCAGGUUUCUUCACUUGAAACUGUAAUUUCUAAAGGCGGGAAAGUGGUCGAAAAGGACAUAAUAAACAUGACCGAUCUAUUGAUGAAUCAAUUGCUUAAAUUGGAUGGUAUCAUUGCGGAAGGUGAUGUCAAGAUGCAGAAGAAAAAACAGGAGGGUCGAGUGCAGAAGUAUGUGGAAGCUCUUGACAUAUUGAAGCUCAAGAAUUCACCGGCAACCGGCAAUGGAAAGAUCCCAAAUGAACCCCUCGUGCACACACAUUCUAAUGGAAGUGUUUCUUCGCCUGUCCAAUCUCACAGGAACUCCAAUGGCAGCGUCUCCUCCCCUGUUCAGAAGCAGCAAUCUAGGCAUUCGUUUGGGGAGUCUUUACUCGACUCCCCAAUUCGACAGCAACCGUCGAGGAACUCGGCCUCAGGCACAGCUGUUGUAAUAACCACACAGUGGGAAACUUUUGAUGCUCCGCCAGCGCCAUUAAUAGGGUCUCCUUCAACAUCCACCACGACAAAAAGCGCUGCUCCUGCUCGCCCUCCUCCCCCACAACCGAAUUUCACUUGGGAUUUGCUGUAAGUUUGGUUAAAGGUAUUAUCGAGUUUGGAUUUGUUUUCAAGUUGGCUCGCUGUUGAUGCUCCAUUCUUUUCUGUACUUACGAGUUUUGUUAGCUUUCAGUUUCCUCAUGUCUUUGAAUCCGAAGAAGAAUAAAUGCGGCCGCUUGUAAGGGUUGUCGUUGUUUUAUUAUAUGUUUGUCCGUAUGCUGUUUCUUUCGGCCAUCUGUCCGCAUUGAUCAUACACCUACUUUUGUUGUUUCUUGCUA